UGCCUGAUAGAGUUCUGUCUCACAACUUAAAACAUACAGUGACAUCUAACAUGUAGUCAGAUUAAAUCACUUCUACCCAGCAUCUGAGACUUUUUUUCUGGGACAUGGAGUUAGGGAAACAUGAAAAGGAAAUCCCAGCAAAAGAGAACUUAAAAGAAAAACUGACGCUGCAUGCUACAUAUGGACAACGGACAGAGGAAAGAGAUCUUCAUUUCACCAGUCCACUGAAGUUCCUUAAUACGGAACAGGUCCCUUCUGGUGAAUCUGGAAGCAAACCCUUGACCUUCACAUUUGUUCCAUAUAUUGGACAACUUCCAACUCACUUUGAAGUUGUAGAUGCCUCCAAAUUCCUUGUGAAAAUUUCAGAAGAGCCAAAUGCCGACACCAGACAAGAAAUUAUAAAUAAGUCUCACAUACGUUCUGGUGACCUGGCCUUCAAAAGUCAAUUCCAGCAAGACAGCAAAUCUACCUUUCACCCAGAAAGCACCCAAAAGAUUUUCCAGCCCCAAGGGCAUAACACAGGCAAAAGAAAAAUGCAGGAGAAUGACCUUUUUAAGGCUGAAUUUAUCUUUAUUACGGACUCUGGUGAAGAAGAUGAAGAAACUAUUGCCAGAAACAAAGUUCAACCGCCUUCUAUAGGGAGCUACGGGCAUACAAUAUUCCAGUCCUCCAGUACAUCUCUUGAUCCUACCGCAUCGAACAAACCUCUUAGUGACAUGAAUGUUCCACGGUCACAAGGUGCAGCGUUUUCUCACGGUGCUACUGGUCAGUUAACUUCUCUUUCUACCUCUGACCAUCUUUUCCAUAAACCACCUGCUAUCCGUUUAAUUUCUCCAACUAAUCUGAAAGUAAAGCGUGACCUGGUUAGCUCGAAUCAAGCCUCUUCACUGGAAGGAUCCUAUAACAAGUGUCAGUCUGCAACUGGGUCUUCUAAACAAGAUUCAUCUACAUGUUUUCAGGCUACUACUCAUAGUUCACCCAAUUCCAAGUCCAAACGAUCCGACUAUGAAUUAAGUAGCCCUUCUUCCAGUUCUCAGUUUUCCAGUAGUUCUCAAGUGCCAACCAUUUCUAUACCUGACUGUGCUUAUAAACCAUCACAAGUCACUAGGUCAGGGCUUCCAAAUGGGAGUGGAAGUCUAUCCUCAGAUGUUCCCAGUUCAAGCAAAAUUCAAGACUUGUCAGCCCAGUCUCUGCCCUCAUGUUCUUUUAAAAGAUCUGUAUCUGCCAUACCUGUCCAUAUCACAGCACAUUUAUUAUCACCUAGUCCUAAACCUCUGUCCUCUCCAUUUUAUAGUUCCUCCUCAACCAUAUGUAGUAUAAAUGAGCCUUGCAGUCAAAUGUCACCUAGUGGAAAUCAACUGAAGCCAGAUAUUAGAGCCUCCCUGCCAACAAGGCUCACUCUUUUAACUGCUGUCCUGAAGUCACACCCUUCUCAGCAAAGACCAUUAUCCCCUGCUUCUUGCCCUGCUACCUUUUCAGUUAACUCCCUUGGCUCCUCAACACUCUCAAUAGAUCAAAAGUUUAUAACAACUCCACCUACCCCUAAGAAAUAUGUCUCAGGCUUUUCUGUUAGGUCAGACUCUCCAAGCCGAGAAGAACAUCAGCCACUGGGAUUUUCUCAUGUGCCUAUAUCUUCAAAGGCCCAUCAUCCACCUCGAGCUAGAUCCCUUUCCCCUAGAAACCACCUUUAUGCUAGACCCCUAUCUCCUGACUCGUUAAGUCCUCUGUCAUCCACUGUUUCUUCCUAUAGAAAGACAGUUGUCUCUCCACUAUUACAGCCAAGCUUCCCUACUUAUUCAAUGCCUUCUUGUGUCCCAAGACACUUUUCUUUGAACCCUGAAUCUUCUCCUACAAAACAGAUGCAUUACCCUAUCUCCAAAUCCCAAAUACCUGAGAAGUCAAGGCGAGUACAUACCUACUCACCCACCUUCAUCUGUAAAUCACAUCCUUUGUCCUCUCCUUCCAAUCAAAGGGGCACAUUUUCCCCCUCUUUUGAGAUAUGCUCUUCUCCUUCUCCAAAUCCUUUAAACCCUACAUAUAAAUCCAAAGCAAGUUCAGCACAGAGGUUUGCUCAGGAGUUCAGUGAUGCCUCCCCUGCCCUUUCAAAUGCCUCAAUGCAAUUGUCUUCCUCGCAUCCUAAUUCUAUAUCACCUAUUCCUUCACCUUGUUAUAGUCAUCCCCACUCCUCAAAACUUAGUUCCUCAUCAUUGCGCCCAAGUUAUAGAGUUUAUUCCUCACCUCUGAGACCUGAGCAAUCAGCCACCUCAUCAGUAGCACAGUGUAGAUCUCCUGUUUCAGACCGGUCACCUUGUCCACUUCUAUCAAGAUCCAGAGAGCUGACUUCACCACAGACUUUUUCACUGUCUUCUGACCAUGAAAACACAAAAGCCAAGCAAUACAAGAUCAAGACAAGUUACAAGGCUUUUGCAGCAAUCCCUACAAACACAUUACUUAUGGAGCAGAAGGCAUUAGAAGAGCCAACUAAGAAAGCAAGUGAGACUGAGCUCACCACUUUGGACACACAUUCAGAGAUGUGCUCCCCUGCCCAGCUCAGGCAGCAAACUGAAGAACUCUACGCAACCAUUGAUCAAGUCUUACAGGAUCCAUUGCCUAUGCGCCGGUGUGAAUCUUCUCCAAGUUUCCUGCAGACACCCAUGGAUUCAGAUACAGGCAAAAUGUCUACAGUGCCGCAGAGAACAGCUGGAAGGGAAACCAAAUAUGCUAAUCUUUUCUUAUCAGCACCUGGAAUGACAGAGAGUCAACUGACAAAACCUGGUGUCAUUCGUCCAGCACCAGUGAAAACAAAAAUCUUGUUAAAAAAAGAGGAACCAUAUCAACCAAACCCUUUCAAAAAAUAUCUUGAAGAAAGCAGAGACCCAGAUAUUGAACAGCCCAGUCAUCCUAUAGUGCCUAUUCCAGAAAAUGAAGCACUAAGCUCGAAGGAGCUUCAUUCUGCAACAACACAAAACAAAUCAAACCUGCCGCCUACCCAUGAAAGCAAAGAAACAAGCAAAGAAAAAAUUCCAGAGCCUGAAAGCACUCUCUACAGUGAGAGAUUCAUGCCUGCAGAAGAGCAGAGGGACACUGCUUAAGAGGUUUCCAAAAAGAUAAUUUUGUGUCUCUGCCAGCUGUGACUAGGAUCAGAAGCUAAAACUGUAGUAUUUUGAAGCCUAUUCCAAAGCUGUGAUGAAAUCUAUGCCACAGAUGGAUAUAAAGGUUGCGUUUUAGAAUUGCUUUUAUAUAUAACUGCUAUGCAGCUAGUAGCAUUUGAAGCUAUAUUCAAGAGAUAAAUAAUCUGGAAUGUACUAGCAAAAAGAGCCCUAGAGAUCUAUAAAUGAAUAUGAAGUGUUUGCUAUCGUUUUAAUGUACAGCAGAAAGCACAUAGCACAUAUACUUUAGAAACAGGUUGUAUUUUGAAAUUAAAUAAAGUUGGACUGUGCCUAUAUUA